ACCGUUGUCUGUUUAUUGAUCAUGUUAUUAUUAUUCUGAAAGAAAAAAAAAUUCUGAACCAGCUUUAACCUUCACUUUCCCUUUUCGUUUCUCUCAAUCGCCGGCCCUCUCUGCUACCUCUUGAUCCCCUCCCUCUAUUAUUUAAUGACAUGAGUAGCAUCGAUGGUAACAGCCACAUAGUGGGAUACAGAUUCCACCCAACUGACAAAGAACUCGUGGACCAUUACCUAUGGAACAAAAUCCUCGACCGUGAUUCUCUCGUCCAAGCUAUAAAAGAGGUCGAUUCUCUUUUCAACAAAGAUCCUUGGGAACUACCCGGUUGGUCUAAAAUACAAUCAGCUGAUCAAGUGUGGUAUUUCUUUUCCCGGCGAGGAGACAACAAACGGGUGAAGAGGACAACGGAUAAAGGGUUCUGGAAAGUGACGGGAAAGCCUCGGAAGGUAAAGGGGAAAAAAGGGUGUGCUGCCAAGAAAUCUUUGGUUUUUUAUGAGGGUCGUACCCCUAAUGCAAAGUGGACACCUUGGGUCAUCCACGAGUAUACUUUCACCUCUACUCUUCUUGAUAACAGAGAGGGCAUUUUUCUCUGUAAAUUGAAGAAAAAAGAAGAUGAAACAGCCAAUGCUUCAAGUAGUGAAAGUUGUCAGCCAAGUCUGGUUGCAGACGAGGAGAUUCCUGAUAACUCAACCAUGUUUAAUCCUGACGAGAUGCUUGACACAUUGAAAGAACGAGACAGAGAGCAUGAGUUGGAGGUGGAUGAGCAGCAGCCGCCCUCUUGCUUGGAAUUCACUCAUUUGCAAGACUUUAACUGUGAUGGGCUUCCACACCUGUCUAAGGAAGAGAAUGAUGAUGAGUCAUGGAUUGGAUAUUUAGUGGAUGAUGAUGAAUUCAAUCCGAUGAACUUAAUCUUGGAAGUUGAUGCAAGUGCGACCUGCCCUGGAGAGCCCUCUAGGAAAAGAUCACGCUGUGAAGCUGGGGUACUAUGCGGAGCCAUUGAAAAGGAAGAAUGCCAACCAAUGGCGGUGAGCAAUUCAAUGAUGCUUGAUGCACAUGGUGAUUCAAAGAAACACCAAGCAUUGGCAAUGGUUAAUGCACCAAAUGUGACUUCAAGUUCUGUAAAGCAAGAUCCCCAUGGGAGGGACAGGAUGGUAUCUCUCAAUAAUGAAUCCAGGGAAUUGGAUAUCCCUGAUGUCGAGUCAGUUGUUGAUCCGCACAGUAUUGUUCGUGCUACAAGAUUCUACAACCCUUACUAUCAAAAAUUAGGAGAGCAAGAAGAUGAUGCAAAAAGAAUCAAUAAACGGGGAAAGUUUUGCAGAAAAAUAGCCUCCCAAGACAAGGCUAUAGAUGUAAAACAACAUGCCACUGCUGUUAAUCUUCCUAUUAUUAUGGAAUCUAACGGUAAGAGGAAAACAGCUGAACAUAGCUACAGACAUAUGAGACUGCAGAUGCAUUUGAAUGAGUUAUCUGACUCUGAUAAAAAAAGCUUUCUUCAUGUGCAUAUAUAAGCCUUCAUUCAACCAUAAAUCUAGUUAAUCCCCAGUUUAUUUUGUCAAUGCACUUUUAGGUGUAGUAUUGUUUAUUUCUGUCAUUUAUGAUUUAAUUUCAGUACCACUUGGUGCUAGUCAUAUAUUUUAGGGUUAAUGUACUAUUUGGUAGCUGAAUUUGGCUUCAAUGUUCAAUUUUAUACUUAUGUUUUUGUCCCAGUUUGGUACUUGAGUUUUGCUUCAAUGUUCACUUUGAUAUUUGAGUUCUUCCAAUUUGAUACUUGAGUCCCAACUAAGUACCUAAUUUUGGCUUUAAUGUUCAAUUUGGUACUUGAGCUUUUUUUGUGUAUCCAAAUUAAUUACCUAUACAUGCGUCAAACAUUCAUUGGGUGGUUUGGUCUAGGUAACUAAAUUGAAUAUUGAAGCCAAACUCUAGUAUUAAAUUAAGACAAAAGAAAAUUCAGGUAUUAAAUUGAAUAUUGAAGCCAAGCUUAGGUAUUAGAUAAUAUUUUAACAUGAGAAAUCCCUUAUCUGAUUCCCACAGAUGAAGCAUGUAUCACCUUCCUUUUCCUUGUAUAGCUGAUAGGGCUACCUACUUCAUGAACUAGUUCUUUUUGAGUUUUGAGGACCCAGAGUCUUAAUGAUGAAUCCAUAUAUAAUAUCUUCACAAUUUGUAUUUGUUGCCCUAUGUUAUGCAUGUAAUUCCAAAGUGAGAAGUAAGUAAGUUCAUGAUGUAAGUGCGGUGCUCUAACUUGACUCUUUUUCCUGCUGACUUCACUCUCUAAUCUGUGUAAGGAGAAGAUUUGGUUCUUCCAUCUCAACUUGCUGCAUGAAGUUUUUUGAGGGACUAUUUUCCUAGUCAUGCAACUUUUCUUGUUGUAUAUUUAGAAUUAAGAGUGAAAAUGACCUUUGUUUGUACCACAAAUUUACCUUUAUAACCAAUGAUUCAGAACUUGUCAUAUUUGAAGAUUGAAUUCAAGGUCAUUUCCGUA